GCGGGAAUAAACCCCGGCGCCUCGCGCCCCCGCCAGCCAGUGCGGCGGCGAGCUUAGCGGAGGACAGCUUCCCGGCGCCCGGCGAGGGCUGCGUGUCCCGGAUGAGUAGCCCAAGUCCCGCCCUGGGGCCGCGCAAGACCCCCACGGGUCUCAGCCACAACAUGGCUUCCACCCUGAUGUUCACCAAGGACUUGGCCACUUUCUUAGGCAAAUCACUGAUUGUGCUUCUGGAGACCAUGAUUUUCACCGUCAUCCCCAGACCACGGAAGAGCGUGGCCGGGGAGAUCGUCCUCAUCACUGGGGCCGCGAGCGGGAUGGGCAGGCUCUUGGCCCUCAGCUUUGCCCGCCUUGGGGCGGUGGUGGUUCUCUGGGAUAUCAACAAAGAAGGGAACGAGGAAACAUGCAGGAUGGCUCGGGAAGCCGGAGCCGUGAGAGUGUAUGCUUACACUUGCGACUGCAGCCGGAGGGAAGAAGUCUACAGAGUGGCCGAGCAGGUUAAAAAAGAAGUUGGCGAUGUCUCCAUCUUAAUCAACAAUGCUGGAAUCGUGACAGGCCACGGGUUCCUCGACUGCCCAGAAGAGCUGAUCGAGAAGUCUUUAGACGUGAAUUUCAAAGCACAUUUAUGGACUUAUAAAUGUUUCCUGCCGGCCAUGAUAGCCAAGGAGCAUGGCCAUUUGGUUUGCAUUUCAAGUUCAGCUGGAUUAGUUGGGGUAAAUAAACUGGCAGAUUACUGUGCAAGUAAAUUUGCAGCCUAUGGAUUUGCUGAAUCUAUAUUUAUGGAAACAGCAGCCCAGAAACUAAAGGGGAUCAAAACCACAAUUGUGUGCCCAUUUUUUGUAAACACUGGGAUGUUUGAAGGUUGUUCCUCUAAGAGGCCUUUCCUGUUACCAAUUCUAAAACCAGAAUAUGUGGUUGCAAAGACAAUAGAUGCCAUCCUACAAGAGAAAGUGUACCUAUAUGUGCCAAGGCUUAUAUACUUCAUGAUGUUUCUUAAAAGCAUCUUGCCUGUCAAGAUAGCCGUCCUUCUGGCUGACUUUAUGGGCGUAUUUAAUGUAAUGGAUGGCUUCAUUUACAAGAACAAGAAAAACUAAAGACCAACGCCACAGCUGAUACCAUCUGAUACCUAGUGUCGCAUAAUGCUUAUUUCAAUGACACAAAGCAUUUUUGUCCAGCAGAAUAAGUCUGGAAACUACAAGUCCCAUUCCUUUUCUGCUCUCUAGACUAGUGUUUUCAACUGAAGCCUUUGGAAAUAAUGUUGCUAUCUUCUUUUUGGCUAGGUCAUUUUUUUUCAUUAAAAAAAAAUAGCCCAUUUUCUGUCUACUUGCAACAGAUGUGUAAGAAAAAUAUUCUCUCAUGAACUGCCCUUCACCUUGGCCACUGGGGGAGGUGGCUCAAAUGGAGCA